CACUCGGCGCAUGACCGGCGGGCCCGGCCGCAGUGCCUCCGACGCCGAGCGCCGCGGCACACGCGCGCCCGAUAAUGACCGACAACACCCCCCGCUAAGCGCCCCACACAACCCGUCUGGGGCUCGGACCCUCUGCUUAACAGAAUGGCAGCUGCCACAACGUGCAAACAGUGAUAAAUCAGUGAAUUUGACUAAAGUGAAACAGAACUCACAAUCCAAAAUGAGACAAGACAGCGAUGCCUCAGCCCUGGCUGAGAGAGUAGCCGCUUUCAAAAGCGACCCCGAAAAGCUCCGGCAGGCCACAGAAUUUGUUGACCAACUCAUAGAGCAAGCUAAGAAAGAGGCUGAACUAAAACAAAAAGAGAAAGACAGAAGUAAAUUCGAACCACAAGACCCAGCUGCGGGCAACCUGAAGCGGCGGCUGGGGCGCGCGCGCGGCUUCGUGCUGCGAAUGUUCGACGCGCUGUGCAACUGCACGCAGACGGCUGCCGCCGCCGCGCGUACCACUGCACGCAACAAUCCCUUCACCAAGCGCUAACGUGCUUCCGAAGACCGCGCCUAGCGACCCACCUGACUUGACAACCCUAUGAAGAGCUUUGACUUCGCGCGUCCAUAGCAUCGAUGACCCAACUGGCUGAAGAAAAAACCGGUUAAAAAGAACCAUCACGACGUGAUUAAAUAGCUGCUUGGCUAGAGCGAGAAUCGCGCGUCUAGACUGACUUCAAAUCGUUACUUUCUCGAAACACGAACACGUUUCUCGCGCUAGACUAAGGGCCAUGGACUUCUUUGGAUAUCGAACUGGCUCUGUAAGAAUCAAGGUGUGGUAACUAUGUAGUUUCACUGGAAAAGAACCGCAUACUAUCGGCUGUCGGUUCGAAAACCCAACUGGCUUUAAGCUGAUCAGCUUACUUGACCUUUCACCAGCAGAAAGUCAGAAUGGUCAAAGAUUAAAACUAAGCCACGAAUCCUUGAUUUUCCACCCUAUCCUUAAUAUCGACAUUCGAUUCAAUCGACCUAAAAAGUUUAUUCAUUCCCUUACCUUACUUAAUGAUGACUGAAUUGAUUCCGGAUCCCUUCCGAUUUACCUCAGCCACAAUCAAAACUACGCAGCGUAUUUUGUUGUAGUAAUGAAAAAAAAUCCUUUUUGUGAGAUAAUGAAAUUUCUUGCCGUAUAAAAAAUCCAUUUUCUGGUCUAGCGGAGCGUAGUCAUAAUGUUCAAGCUCAUGCCUACCAGAAAUCUUUUUCUUGUCCGUGUUACACGUAAAAAAUAUUUAAAAGAAUAAUGAAUCUCCUUUCUAAGCCACUGGGUAUAACAGCGUCGAAGUUAAUUAUAGAGGUUGUACCUACAGGAAAACGCUCUAAAUGAAAGAGUCUCAAAUUACGAUCCAAAGGUAGACGUAGGUACACUCAAGAAUAUUAUAAUAUGAAUGUAAUCAGUUUUAAUGUAAUAUCAACAGCAGUCCCACAUAGUAAUCUGUCUACACCUUUCCCCGAUUAGUGUCUUCCCUGAACUAUAGUAACUUACCCCUUUAACAUGGUGUUAUGUGAUCGGUGUGACGACGCUUAUAGUGUAAGAUAAUGUAUUUAGCAAUAUUUAGUAGAUAUCUGGCAUACCUACACCAUGUACGACUGUCCUAUACUGUGUAUUUUCGAAUGUUUUAUCUGUUUGGAAUAUUGUAUACAGUGACGAAGCUUUCACUUUAUUUUCUUUCUGUCUUAUAUUUAACAGUGAUUUUCAACGAGGGCGACCAGGGUGGCGAAGACAUGUAAAGGAAGUCUCGUUACUUAAAAAAACAGUUACUAAGAUAAUUAUAACGUAAAAAAUCAUAGCUGCGUAAGACGUAACCACACAAAGACGGUCACGCCCAUGAAAAGUUGGAAAAUCACUGUUUAGAAGCACCGACUCUACGAGUGCGCAACCUUUACUAACACUUUUCUAACUUUUACAAUGUCUUGUAUGUUCGUAUUUAUUGCGAAAUUAAAUAUGUACCUACUUUAACACAUAAGUUUAUUUAAGGCUAUCUAUUAAGUAGAAUUUAUAAUUUGUUUACAAUGGCUUAGCACAAAACAUCACAUGCUCAAACUCUCACGUUUCUUUGUGUUUAUCAGUAUUACGUGAAAUUUCCUUUAGGUGCCGAUUAUGAAUAAAACGUAUCUGUAUUAUGUAGUACAUGUUUUCUAAUAAAACCUAAAUGUAAGCAUAUAUCUACUUAUAUUAUAUUUAUGGAUGGGAUCUAGAGAUAGUCUUUGUUCUCUGAAAGAAAACAAUUACGUUAAAGCUAGGAUUCUAGGAUGAAAUUGAGCUUGGAAUCAGACAUUAAAAUUGUAUGGAUGUAAUAAAUGGAUGUUUAAAAUUAUGCGAUUAACAACUAUAAUUGAGAAAAUAUAUAUUUUUCAGGUCAUAAGUAGAUACCUACGUAAUAAGUAAGAUGAAUCUAU